AUGGCCGGUUCAUCCGACGCGACGGAUCAGUUGCUCGUCCGACCAACAACGACAGAAACCUCGGGCCGAACCGAACGUACGAUGAGCUGCUGUCGGCUUUGAUUCCACAUUGUCAGGCUGUGCACCGCGAGAUGGACCGAGAACGUUCGUGAAAUUCUUCGUUCGAGGAGCAGCGAUUAAUCGUUGCAGGAUCGAUAGUUGAUCCGAUAGUUGUUCUACAAACGAUUUUGAAAAGUAAAGAAACUCGAGCAGGAAAAUGUUUGGUAGACGACGUUCGAUUUUAUAGAGAGGAAAAGAAAAUUCGAUAUCGAAUCCAAGAUUUCGCAAGAUCGAGGAUUCGCUUUUGCAAUGAAGGGAAGGAUUGUUUUUCGAGAAAGAUAUUCCAAGAAGAGAGGAUUUAUUCCAAGAUAUUGGACUUGAAAGCGGAAAUAAAUCGUAAAUCGUAAAAUACAAAUUUUACGAAAUUCGAUACUGAAUCGAGGAUUUUGACAAAUCACCGGAGACUUGGUGCUGUCGCAAAGUUGUUAAAGAUAUUUCUAGAAAGUUCUUGAGCAAAGAAGAUUGGAGAAACCAAGAUAUUAAAUAAUAUUUAUCAAAGUUGAGUAUUGAAUUACAGAUCGACAGAAAGUUAUCUUCUAAUCAAGAUCGACUCUCACUUCUGCAAAGAGAAAAUAUACGCAAAGAUAUUACAUUAUUAUUAUUACUAACAUUGGUUCGUGAAAAAUCGCUUCGGAAGUACGAAUGUACCAAAUCGAAGAUGAAAUUCGAACCCGAGAUUCGAUGAUGUUUCUACGAAGGAUAAAGAUAUUCCGUGGUCAUAGAUUCGUUUUUACAAAUUGAUAAUUGAUCGUUUGAAAUAACAAACCUCAAGAGGCAGAAGAGUGUAUGUGUUUAUUUACACUGGAAUAAGUGAAUCGAAUACGAACGAUCGAUGAAUCACUGGAGACGCGAUAGUGAUCAGCAAGUAGGUCUAUUUUGUAAAAAAUUCAAGAAAGAAGAAACGUUUGAUGAGUUUGAGAACGCAGAGCGAUUUCGAUGUAAAAUUUCGAGGGAAAGUAAAUUAACGAUAUAGAAGAAACGUUGGUUUCUUAUCGAUACGUACCUCAAUAGUACCUUAAUGGUACUAUAUAAAUGAGAAAAAAAUCUACAAGAUGCUCUGAAUACGCGAAACGCGAACAACACUUGGUUUCACCGUAAGAAUAAUCAUGAGAAUAGUUCUUUGAUGAUCAUCGUCUAUAAAUUGCAGUGCAAGGAACUGUACUCGAAGCAAGUUGUACGUUCAAGUAAAAGACCGAUGGAAACGAAUCUUUGGAAAGUAGGAAGACACGUUAAAAGAUCGUCUUUGAAUGGCAGGCAAUUGAACGUAAAAUUUCAAGAGGAAUUCGACAGUUAACCAGCGAUGGAAGCUUCUUUUGCCGAUACUUUGCGAAUGGGCCGUUAAAGAAUUUCCAGAAAUACCUUUGAAGCUACUUCUCCCUGUGUCGGGAGACACAGCUCAGCUGCUUUUCGACUUCCCCAUUAAUCGUAUUAUUUAAAAUUCACUGUAAACCCGUCUUCAAAACCGUUUAUUCGAAAAUCAAAGUACAUGGAUGAACAAUUGGUGAAACGGUUUUAAAAAUGUCUAUCUGUUUUCUGGAAUAAACCGGUUGAACGUGUAAUUUAAAGAAACGGACAUUUCUAUAAGAUUUCUUAUCGUAUCGUAUCGUAUCGAUCGGUGAAACAAUUUUUAAGUGGACGAAAAAACAUUAGUUGGUUGCUUUACUUUGAGAAAAGCCGGGCCGACGAUCGAGACGUGUGUGAAAAUUAUAUAAAAUUCCAAGCGCAAGAGCGAUGAUGCUGGAACGAUAUAAAACAAUUACGUCGUCCAUGUUAUUUUUUUGAAACAAACGAUAAUAAAGAAAACUUCUCUCCGAGGAAUUAUCUCUGAAGGAAUUGAAAUCGUUGAUAAUCGCCGGAUAAAUAAUAUUCAGCCGAUACAUCUGUGUACAUAUGUACGUUGUUAGAUAGAGACGAACAUCGAAAUUUCUUUGAUCGAUGCUUUUUACGAAAAAGUCGCCGAGAGAUUGAAUACUCGAAAGAAUGCGAGAGAGUUGCUGGUCAAGAAGGAAAUCUUGGUAUUAGCGAUGAGUUCUUUAAAGAGAUCGACAAACCAAUCGACGAGGGAGGGUGCAACAGGCAGGAGACACGCGCUCACCGGAGGUAGCUCCAAGAGUAUGAGAAACGUUCUCCACGCGACCACCGCCGCGCCUGGUUCACCGCUUCGACACAGAUCCAAAUACGAAUUGAGGAGCAUCAGUUUGGAGGGCACCAAGGUUUUACCAUGGACUGCACGAUGCAGCACGGAUGCCAUUUCGAGGCGGGGUGUCCUCUCCAGGCGAUAUUACGGCAGCGUGGAAAUGCUGCCACAAAUGGAGCAAGACGGGUCCGACAAUGGAAGAAGAUUUCGAGUGGAGAACGGUGAUUCCCCGGGCGAGAAAGAAGAAAUGUUCGGAUCACCGAGUACGCCGAUACUGGAAAAUCCCGAGUACCAAACGCGCUGGUACUUCAAAUACUUUCUCGGAAAACUGCAUCAAAAUUACGUUGCUGCGGACCAAGAAAGAAAUCCCUUGUUUCUAUCGGUCGUGACGAGCGAAGUCAGCGAUCAAAGCGUGCCACAUUACAGAGUUAUUUUGUGGAGAAAAACUGGCGCACAGAAGAUAUCGCUGCCAUAUUCUGCGAACAAAACGAUGACGAUCAGGCAGAUCUUGAGCAAUUUCUUUGGUCUUGAGAAACUCGAUAAGGCUCCGCGCGAGGUUUUUUCCCCCGAAAUUCAAAAGGAUCUGCUAUUGCUGGAAGAGCAAGAAGGUUCCGUCAACUUCAAGUUCGGCGUGAUAUACGCGAAGAAAGGGCAAACGACCGACGACGAAAUGCUAUCGAACGAGAAGGGUAGUCCAGAUUUUGACAAGUUCCUGGAGAUUGUGGGCGAGAGGAUAGAACUGAAGAAUUGGGACAAGUAUCGAGGUGGCUUAGACGUAAAAGGCGACAUGACUGGCAACGAAAGUUAUUAUACGGUGUACGCGGGACACGAAGUCAUGUACCACGUGAGUACGAUGCUUCCCUAUUCGAAGGACAACCCGCAACAAUUGGAGAGAAAGCGACACAUCGGUAACGAUAUCGUUAACAUCGUUUACACGGACGACUCGAACGCCAUAGACACUUUCAACCCAAACUGCAUCAAAAGUCAAUUUACCCACGUAUUUGCCGUGGUAUCGGCCGAAGAAAACGGUAAAGGAUGGCGCGUGGCCAUUUACUGCGACGAAAAUGUUCCUCUGUUUGGUCCGAGCCUUCCAUGCCCACCCGUGUUCGAGGACCCGUACACCCUGCGAGAAUUUCUUCUCGUCAAGUUGAUAAACGGCGAGAAAGCUACGUUCAACACGCCAACGUUCGCUCGAAAAAGGGAAAGGACUCUGGACGCUCUUCUCCGGGAUAUGUAUCAAGAACACUCGCAGGAGAGCAAGAGCAACAGUAUGUUAAACCGACGAGCAUUGUCGGAUGUCGUGGAGGCUCCAGGUCGGCGUCGCGAGGAGACCCGUGCUGUGGAGAUGGUGCGCGUCGGACAGGCCCUGAAACUCGAAGCGAUCGUCAGAGGUUUGGCGCCAACUUCCUUGGCCACUGCUGGUCCUUUGAAGCCCAGACCGUGGGAGCCGAGGUGUAUCUAUCCGGAUUUCCCGCACGAAGUCGUAUGCGGGGACGUUUGGCUGGAUAACAAGCUGAUCUUGGCUACCGAGAAUGGAACUUUUCUGAUCGAAGACAGUUUAUCGCACAGACUGAUCUUCGACGAGUCCGUGCAAAUUAAACAGCUAGACGUGGUCGAGCAACACGGAAUAUUGUUAUUUCGAACCGGUGACAAAGGCAAAGAUAGCAACGUCUACGUUUUUCGUCUGAGAGAAUUCGAGAAUAGCACGAUCAGUAGGUCUGCGGAAAUUCCAAACGAUCGCGAAGACGAACAAGAGUGCGAAGACAAUGGCGACGAGGACGAUGUGGACGACGACGCCGACGAAAGCGAAGAAAACGAUUGUGACAAUUUCACGCGAGCCACUACAAAAUUCAAGCCCUUGAUUCGUCGUACUCGUGUUCGUGUUCGUCCCUUGGCUGUCAGAGGACGAGCGCAUAUAAAGGAAAGAAGACUAGCUAGAACUCGUGGCUGCCAUUUAUACACCGUUACUAUGCCUGGUGGUUCUCAUUUGCGCAUGUGCGUAGCGGUCGGCCGACGUUUGAUAGUUUUCCAAUGGAAACAUAGCGCCGCGUGGACCGCAUGGUGUUCCGCUACGGAUACAGAUACCGUGGAAGGAUUUUUGCAUUUGAAGGAGUUGAAUGCCAGCGAAUCUCCGACGUUAGUAACGAUAGUAGAAAAUACAGAUUCGAACAAUGAAUGGACGCUUUGCUGCGGUGUCCGACAUCAUUUUGAAUUGAUCUCAGCUUCCGGAAGCACGAGAAUUCUUCACAUCGAGGGAACGCCGAAACCACACGUGGUGGCUGCUUUGGACCUCUGCGAAGACGAAGAACCCGAAUUGUUACUCUGCUACAACAAUACGUGUCACUUUCAAAAACUCUUAGAAGAGAAUACCGUAGCAACGGAAUUCGAUUUCAACUGGAAUUCCGUUCCUGCGGCAAUAGCCUGUGCCUUCCCCUACGUGAUCGCCUUUACCAACGACACCAUGGAGAUACGAUUGAUAAUCAAUGGAAAUUUGGUGCACACGAUCGCCAUGCCAAACUUGAAUCUAAUCACUUCGAAGCAAGACAUCUUCUUCGCUACAACGGCUCCAGAAUUUCUGCCUGGAAAAUGCGAAAGAAUUCGCCUGGACUCGAAACCCACGGACAAGGAAGAACCGGUUUCCAGUCCGCCUCCUUUCCCCCAAUCUUCUACGUCUCGAUCCAAUCAGCAAAACAGUCAGGGCGACUGGAAGCCGAUAAGAAUCUACCAAAUACCGUUGCAAACGUUAUCGAGGAGUAGCUUGUCAACGUGCUCGCAACGACGCUGUGCCAGCCCUGCCGAGCCAGAAAUCAUCUCCGCGCCGCCGACCGGCGACAAGAGUUUCCUCAGCGUCGAGCCUCACAGAGCGUUGAGUAGGUCGUGUAGCAGCAGUCCAACGCCAUCGCCGACCAACGUGCUUCCGCCUCGACUCAGAAAAUAGGCUGGAUCGCUAGCUAUCCUCGCGGACUUGCUUUCACCACGUUCAACGUCGAGUUGGCGUGGCGUCCUUAUUUAAGUUGUUCAUCCCUUAACGUGCAAUUCUUUUCCAUCUAGCCGAUGAAAAAUGCGCAAUUUUCUUUUUAACGCGAUUGUUUCUUAGCUGUAUAACGAUAGAUGUUUUUCCAAUACGCCACGUCUUACGUUCUUACUACGUUUAGUAACUUACGUUUAAUACGAUAAAGCGUGUAAAACGCAAGAUAGGAAAAGCACGUGUCUUCGUAAAUACGAAAAUGUGAUUUCUAUUAGUACAAAAAGUUUUGCAUGGUUGAUCGAGCGUGCCUGUUAUUUAUUAAUAACAUUGUUGGUAAUCGUCGUUGGUUGCGUGAGCGCCGACGUGUGAAACAAAAUUUCCGUUAAACUGGCGGUAAACGGCCACGCGAUUCGAGCUCCGCGCUCAACGUAUUAUAUAAACGACCUUCCUUCUGACAGAUCGCAACCGUACCCGAAGCUCGUGCCUCGAUCCAACUGUAAAAUCGACGACGGAUCGUGCACGAUUCGGUGCGUUUCAUCUGUAGCUAGAAUUUACUGCCGUUGCAAAGAGCAAUCGAGAUAAAAUAGACGACGUUUCUUUCUCCCUUAUUCGAACGUUGAUCGAACCCGGAUCAAAUUUAUGUUUCUAUCGCGUUGGGAAAAUAUUAGAAAAAGAGUUGGAAAGGUAUCAGACGGCGGAUAUUUAUGCAUUUGCGAGAGAUUUAGAGAAUGGCGGAGAUUUAUAAUACGCAGCAUGGGUAGGAAUGCGCGACAGCCAGAAAUAUUAUAAAUGCCCAAAGCAAAUGCAAGUUAGAACGUGCCAUCUUUGUUUUUCCUCGUUUCGCCUAAAAAAUAUCUAGUCGUAUAUAUAAUAUAAUUUCCAAACAGUCUAUACGAUACGAUUGUGACGUAUGUUGAGAAAUGAAGAAAUUUAUCCACGUUCCUAAAAAAUCCACGCUUCGCGAGAUAUGUACAGGCACACACGUCCAUCGAUUCGAUUUAACGUACGGAGAACGAAAGUAUGUAAGUGUAGGAAUUUACAAACUGGUUUCUAUAUCAUAAACGUAAACAACGAAAAAAUAAGUUUUUUAAAUAAACCCAUCGGUGCGUAUUUAACGUACGACGAACGUAUUUAUUUUAACGACGUAGUAUCGGAGGAAAUAAUUACACAGAGUGUCCCGUUCCAAGUUUCCCAGACUAUUGCUACAUUUGUCAUUGUUUGUCAGACUAUAGAAGCAUAAAGCUUAUCGGCUGUUUCAGUUUCUACGAAAUUAUCUACGAUUUCGUUCGCUGCUCGUGAACGAAACGUUGAUCUUGAUAAGUUUUUGUUGCAAAUACGAAAAAUCGCUCUAUACGUAUAUGAUGAUGAUAAUAACAACAACAACAACAACAAUGAUAAUAAUACGUAGAAGAAUGUUUAGUACGAGACAAGGCACCGGAUAACAAGAUGUCCCGAUAAUACUAGCACGAUGGUAAUAAAUAAUAAAUAAUAAAUAGUAAAUAAUAAAUAAUAAAUAAUAAAUAAUAAAUACUAAAGUAGAAAAUAAAAAGAGAAUGAUACGAAAUUUUACGUAUAGUUGGAUCUAAUCGGUCGGUACUCGUGUAAAUCCGUAUGAUUUGAUAUUUAUAUGAUAAAUAGUACGUACAGUGUAUUUUGAUGGCAUUCUCGUAACAUACAACAAGUUUGAUUAAAACGUUAAAGUAUUAUCUUAACGACAAAGUUGAAGAGUUAAAAAUUGUCGAAACUUUGGAAACUUUCUUUAGUCGUAUUCGCAAAGAACCUCGAAUCUACAUAAAUAUCCGCAGUCCACCUGUUACUUUUUUUCUUUUCUCGUCUUAUUCGCGUUUACUCGACUUUAAAUUUCGAUUAAGAGUCAUGUAAAGGCUAAACUCUUUACAGAGAAGUGGAAAAAUCAAAAUGAUAUAAUGAAAUACGUAAAAGGAUAAUUAAGGAAAACUGUUCGCUGUCGUUGGUAAGAUAUCUCGCUGCGAACGUGCUCUCGCGCCGUUAAAUCGCCUAGCGAUUUCUAUAUGUAUGUAUUUACCGCAAAUAAAAGAAAGAUAACCUAUUAAACGUUCGUAUUUAAACAGGAAUUUGGUAAUUAUGCGAUCUGAUCGAAUAACUUUUCUUCUGUAAGUAGUUUUUCAUUCGGACGAUAUAUGUAUAUUUGUCGUACAGUCAACCGACUGUCGAAUAGAAGAUCGAAACAAAGCGCGAAAGUGCAACCAACAUCCAUCGACUCGUCCAACUUUAUUGCAAACUGCAUUUCUACCUAGUUCAGCCUACGCUAUGUUUAUUUGUUUACACGAUAUUAAAAAUGAUUGUCGCGUUGAUAAGUUAAGAUUAAGCUAGGUUGGCCUAUGUGCGUCAAAUGUACAUAAUCUUUCGUAAUAUAAAAAUGUAUUCGAUGAAUUUAA